CACCCUUCCCCCACUUGGCAACCUCCUUGUAAGAGGCACCUGAGGUCUUGCGUACACCCCGGAAUUGUUUCCUGUACGCCUCGGGGGUCAGUUCCAGCUUCAGCAGCAAAGCCUGUUUGAACAGGUCGUAGUCCCCCGUCUCAACACCAUCCAUUUGGCUGAACACCUCUAUGGCCUUGGGACCCAGCAGGGAGUCCACUCGCUCUGGAAACCCAGGGCCUCUGCCCCCCGAAGGGGUUGAUGCAACCCUGUUCUCUAGCCCAGAGUCUCAGCCAGCGUAAAACAGGAGGGUUUAUUGACCAUGGAACACAGCACAAGAAACUCUAUGACCCUCAGGCCUGGCCUCCCUCAUCCCAGCACAUUCCCCAUCUUCCCUGCAUCCAUUUCGGCCCUGCCUGCCUCCUCUCUCCAGCCCCAAGACCCCCUGCUUCCUAGCUGGGCAUAUGAUACCACCAGCCCCAGGAAUCGCCUCUGUCCAUUGUCUUCUCUCCAGGAAAACAGGGUCACCUGGGCCUCCUCUCCCCUCUUCUGUCUUCUGGCCCCUCUGGCUGGAACCUGCUGGUCAGGUCACCGGGGUCCUCUCUCCGCAGCCCAUUGUCCUCCCACUGGCCAGAACUGGCUGUGACUCCUGAGCUGGGUCUCCGGAUCAUCAGGUCACCAGCUGCUGGGGUGUCCCUCCUCCCAGCCAUCAGCUGGAGUCCCAAGUUCCCUCUCUGGUCCUCUGUACCAACAAACUCCCUCUCCCCUCCCUCAUUAAACCAGUAACACCCAGGGACACUGUGUCCCACUCCCUCUGCAUGCAAACCAUUGGAAAACCACGAAAAUAAAAAAAUUGUCUACUUUGUCACACACUUCCUCUCGCUGCACCAACAGUGGCCUCGUGUAGCCCCGGCUGCUGUCAGCAGAGGGGCAGGGCCGGGCACGGUGGAUGCAGCUUCCAGCCUCGGCCAGUUCAACCCAGUAUGGAGCUAACAGGUCUUCUCCCUGUGCUGGCCUGGCUGCAGAUCCUCCCCCGGCUGGUGUCGUCCAAGGGGACUGAGGGACCCAGUUCAUCUCCUGGUCCCCUGCUGCCCCCCACACUCUCUCUGGGCUCCCAGUACCCUGUUUAUUACCAAGGGGAGCAGGUUAAUCUCAGCUGCUCAGCUCCCCAUGGCGAGGCAGUGACAGGAUACAGAUUCUACAGGGGAAGAGGGGACCAGACCCCAGAGGAGCUCCCAUCUCCCAGCAGGGCAGCCUGGCUGGAGCUCAGAGCUGAGACAGGGAAUCAGGGACCCUACACCUGCCAGUACUGGAGAAAGGAGUCUGGGCAGGAGAUCCCAUCCGCUGAAAGUAACAAGGUCUAUAUAACCGUGCAAGCCCCCCCGGCAGCCCCCACACUCUCCCUGCACCCCGCACACCCACUCUAUCUCCCAGGGGAGCGUGUGACCCUCAGGUGCUCAGCUCCAGGUGGCGACAAGCUCCAGGGAUACAGGUUCUAUGAGGAACAGGAGGGGUUGAUCCAUGAUGAGGUCCCUGCCCCAGCUGGGGGCGCCAGGCUGGAGAUCGUGGCCAAGAUGGGGAAAGCCGGGGUGUAUACGUGUGCAUACUGGAUUCCGCGAUCCGGGCGACAUAUCCCGUCAGAGAGAAGCCAGCCAGUGUCUCUUUCAGUGCAAGCUCCCCCGGAAGCUCCAUCCCUCUUCCUGAGCCCCCCACACCCUGUGUACCUCCCCGGGGAGUCUGUCACACUCACGUGCUCCCCUCCACGGGGGGCGCCGGUGGCUGCCGAAUUCCAGUUCUCCAGGGAUGGGGGACAGAAGAUCUCAUCCAGGAGCAGGGAUGUCCACGCCCUGAGCAUCACGGGGCCAGAGGACUCUGGCUCAUACACCUGUGUGUACUGGAUACACCCAUUCGGGCGGAAGAUCCAGUCCCCGGGCAGUCGCCCCGUCUCCAUCGCUGUCACAGCCCCGCCGCCAGCCCCCAGGCUCUCGCUGGACACCCCGAACACCGUGUAUCUCGCAGGGGAACGGCUCAACCUCAGCUGCUCGGCUCCCGGGGCCCAGGAAGUGACAGGCUACAGAUUCUACAAGCGACCACCGGAGCAGAGCUCCGAAGAGCUGCCGUCACCCCAGAGGGGACCCCGGCUGGAGAUCCUGGCUGCGGUGGGGGACGAAGCAUCAUACACCUGCCAGUACUGGAGCAGGGAGUUUGGACGAGAGCUCCCCUCGGGGCUCAGCCAGCCCAUCGCCAUACGUGUGACGGAGCUGCCCUCUGCCCCCCAGCUCGCUCUGGCUCCCCCACACCCUGUGUACGUCCUAGGGGAGUGGGUGACCCUCAGGUGCUCGGCUCCCCAGGGCGAGGGGGUGACCAGAUACAGAUUCUACAGGCAACGAAGGGGGCUGAUCGCUGACGGGGUCCCUGAGCCGGCUGGAGGUGCCCAGCUGGAGCUCAGAGCUGAGAUGGGGAUGGCCGGGCUGUACGUCUGUGCGUACUGGACACUGCGUGCCGGGCGAGAGGUGCCAUCUGGGGAGAGCCGGCCCAUCUCCGUGUCUGUGAUAGAUCCCCCCAGGAAGCCCUCAGUGUCCCUGUCUCCAGACUAUCCGGCCUACGUGGCUGGAGACAGGGUGGAAAUUAACUGCUCGGCUCCCCCUGGUGCCCUCCCGGUGCAGUACGGGCUCUACGAGGGCAGGGAGCCGCUGGGACCCCUGCCGGGAAACGCUGGGAAUUGGUGGAUGGAUCUUCAAGCCAAUGGCGCCAGAAACGCCACCCGGUCCUUCUCCUGCACCUACAUAGAGCUGAUCCAGGGGAGGGAAGUGCCCUCCUGUGCCAGCGACGCCGUCUCCGUCUCCGUGUUUCCAGCACCGGCCGCCCCGUCCCUGCUGCUCAUCCCGCCCCUCCCGCUCUACGUGACGGGGGAGACAGUGACAGCCCAGUGCAUCGUCCCUGCUGGGCUCUAUGUCCCGCGGGCCCACUGGGUGCUGAGAGACGGGGAGGCACUUCGAGAGCAGCCAGAGCCCCAGCUCCCCCUGAACGUCUCCCGCAGGGACAGCGGGACCUACCGGUGUGGGUACAGCACAGAGCUCCAUGGGCGCCACCUCCGCUCACCCCCCAGCGACCCGCUGCCACUGAGCGUGACUGAUCCCCCUCCCCAGCCAGCGCUGAGCGUGGAUCUCCCAUCCCGAGUGGUGAGUGAAGGGCUCCCCCUGCUCAUCACCUGCAUGGCCCCCGGGGACGCCAGCGAGAGAAGGUUUCACUUCUACAAGGAUGGAGCUGAGCUCCCCCCUGGGGACACAGGGUCUGAGAUCAGCACCACAGAGCCCAGCACCGGCUUUAUGAACUUCUCUGUGCUCAGCAUCCUGCGAGCCGGUCCCAGCAACACCGGGGAAUUCAGCUGCGAGUACGAGGUGAACAUGAGCGGCAGGUGGAUCCCAUCCCCCAGGAGCCAGGCUGUGAACGUCACUGUGACAGCCUGGUCUCUGCCCAUCCCCCUGGUGGCUGGGUGCAGUGGGGCUGCCACGGCUCUGGCUCUGCUGCUGCUGCUCAUCCCCCUCUGCAGGAAGAAGGCGGCAGGUGCGUGAGGCUUAGGAUGGGGAAUGGGACCCAGGCGUCCGGGACGGCAGCACAGGGCAUUCACCCCUAGGGGGCACCGCAGCUCUCAGUGCCUGUGGGGAAUGGGACCCAGGCGUCCAGGACAGGAGUGUUCUCACCUUGGGGCGCCUUCAGCGCUCUCAGCCCGCACAAGGAAUGACAUGGGCUAGCAAGA